AAUCGUCAUCAAUCGGUGCCAGCCCUGGUGAUGUUUGGCAACCUUCAGGUCAAAAAGCAAAACAAGAAAAACUAGACGAUUUUUAAAUUCUACAGGGAAAAUGUUACGAAAUUGCGCAUUAUUUAAUUUCAAGCGGUUCUUCCUUGGCAAUAUACCGAGAAACUUCAGCUUAGAUACUGACCCUGUUGCAGCCGGCAGCACGCAACAACAACAACAACAGAAUGCAGAAACAGCUCGAGAAGUGAAACAUCAUGAGAACUUGGCGGCAGUUUGGUGGAACAAGAAUGGACCAAUGGCAGCGUUGCAUGCUCUAAACGAAAUCAGAGUUCCACUAAUUCGCGAUGGACUUGUUGCGCGCGGCACCGUCCAGUCGAAUUACAUAAACACAACAAAAGUCUUGAAUGGCCAACGCUUAUUGGAAGUUGGCUGUGGUGCUGGCUUAUUGGCUGAGCAACUAGGACGACUUGGCGCUCAAAUAACUGGCAUUGAUCUAGGAGAAGUCCUUAUCAAUACGGCUCGUUCUCAUUUGACUGAUUUUAGUCCCGAACUAUGCUCUAAAGUUGAAUACAAAGUGGAGCCAAUUGAUCAGCAUGCCAAAACAAAUGGUGAACUGUACGAUGCAGUUAUAGUUUCUGAAGUUCUGGAGCAUGUCGAUGAUAAGGUUGCACUGCUGGAAGCUUGUGUUCGAACGCUCAAGCCUGGCGGCUCAAUUUUUAUAACAACAAUGAACAAAACAUUGCCCAUGUGGCUCAGCGGUGUUGUACUUGGCGAAAAUGUGCUGAAUUUAGCACCCAAAGGCACGCAUCACUGGGAUAAAAUGAUUGCUCCUCUAGACGUGCAGCGCAUAUUAGACACAAUGAACUGUCAAACUGUUCUGAUAAACGGCAGCACCUACGACUUUUGGAGAAACACUUGGCGCUGGAUAAACUCGACACAAUUAUGUUACGCUUUACAGGCGAUUAAGCAAGUACAAACAGAAUGUAGCUGAAUAAAUUUAUUUACGAGCUAA